AUGAGAUCAAGCUGUGUUUCGGUUACAGUUGGGGCAAACCCAACAAGGUUGUUGUCGGAGAAACGCAUAACACAGUCCCAAGUGCGCCAAAUUCACGCGUACAUCGUCAAAACAAACCUCGUCACUCACGCACUCUGUGUCGCCAAACUCGUCAACGCUCUUUCUCAGAGCAGUAACCCCUACGACGCCGUUUCCGUUUUUGCCCACGCGCUCUCUCGCUUCCACCACUUGCGGGGAAUCGAGUUUUCUGUUCCCCCUGCACUCAAAGCUUGUGGCAAAUCGUGUGCAUUCGAGGAAGGGAAGCAAAUCAUGGGUUUCAUUUUGAAAACCCAUUUGUGGAAUGACCCGUUUGUCACAAACUCCUUGGUUCGCAUGUGCUUGGAGGUUGGCAUGGUUGAGCUUGCACGGUCGGUGUUUGAUAAAAUGCCCACAAGAGACUUGAUCUCUUGGAACUCACUUCUUUCGGGUUACUUGAAAGCUGGUGAGAUUGAAAUUGCGCGUGAGGUGUUUGAGAAAAUGCCUCAGAGGGACCUUGUUUCGUGUAAUGCCAUGAUUGAUGGGUAUGGGAAGCAUGGGAUGUGCGAGCUUGCUGAGGAGGUUUUUAUGGACAUGGGUGUCAGGGAUGUGGUGACUUGGACGAGUAUGAUUUCAGCUUUUGUUCUUAAUCAUCAACCAAGGAAAGGGUUAUGUUUGUUCAGAGAAAUGUUGAGUUUAGGGGUUAGACCGGAUGCCCCUGCUGUUGUUAGUGUCCUUUCAGCCAUUGCUGACCUUGGUUUUCUUGAGGAAGGUAAAUGGGUGCACAAUUACAUAUUUACUAAUAAGGUACAUCAAAGUUGCAGUUUUAUUGGAUCGGCUCUCAUAAACAUGUAUGCUAAAUGUGGUCGAAUAGAAAAUGCCUACCAUGUAUUUAGAAGCCUUUGUCACCGGCAAAACAUUGGUGAUUGGAAUUCUAUGAUCUCUGGUUUAGCACUCCAUGGACUUGGCCGUGAAGCUAUUGAGAUUUUUCAGGACAUGGAGAGGGUGGAACUUGAGCCUGAUGAUAUCACUUUCUUGGGGCUUUUAAGUGCUUGCAACCAUGGAGGCCUUAUGGAUGAGGGUCAAUUUUAUUUUGAAACCAUGCAGGUGAAGUACAAGAUAGUUCCUAAAAUUCAGCACUAUGGAUGCAUUGUUGACCUCUUCGGUCGAGCAGGUCGCUUAGAAGAGGCACUUGGGGUUAUAGAUGAAAUGCCUUUUGAACCUGAUGUUUUAAUUUGGAAGGCCAUUCUCAGUGCCAGCAUGAAGCACAAUAACGUUGUGAUGGGGCACACUGCUGGCUUAAGAGCUAUAGAAUUGGCUCCACAAGAUUCAAGUUGUUAUGUUCUUCUCUCGAAUAUCUAUGCCAAAGCGGGAAGGUGGGAUGAUGUGAGUAAAGUUAGAUCAUUGAUGAGAAAAAGAAGGGUAAGAAAAAUUCCUGGAUGUAGCUCUAUUCUUGCGGAUGGUAAAGUCCAUGAGUUCCUCGUGGGGAAGGCCAUGGAUGUGGGGUACAACCAAAGCGUUCUCUCUAUGUUAGAGGAGAUUGUGUGCAAGUUGAAGUCGGAGGGAUAUGAACCUGAUCUCAAUCAAGUUUUUAUAGAUAUUGAAGGGGGUGAAAAAGAGAGCCAACUAACUCUUCACAGUGAAAAGAUGGCUCUUGCUUUUGGACUAUUGAAUAGCCAUCAGGGUAGUCCCAUUCAUAUAGUGAAGAAUUUAAGAAUUUGUUGUGAUUGUCACAGGUUCAUGCAGCUGGUUUCAAAAAUCUACAACCGUCGAGUUAUAGUCAGAGAUCAAAACCGUUUUCAUCAUUUUGACAAGGGUUUCUGUUCCUGCAGAAAUCAUUGGUAA